ACUUCCUUGAUUACGCCCUACCGGCAGGCUACUUAAGGGAGGUGGCGGCGCGUUUCCACUUACAGCGCCGCUGCACGGCCUCGCGAGUAGUGUGACCCGCGGCCCUGUAGCGACCCGGCAGCCCCUGUGCCUCGGCAACCAUGCCGCGCUCUUUCCUAGUAAGGAAGCCCUCUGACCCCAACCGCAAGCCAAACUACAGCGAGCUGCAAGAUUCCUCUCCGGAGUUUACCUUCCAGCAGCCCUACGACCAGGCCCACCUGCUGGCAGCCAUCCCGCCCCCGGAGGUCCUCAACCCCACGGCCUCUCUGCCUACACUCAUCUGGGAUUCUGUCCUGGCGCCUCUGGCCCAACCCCUCGGCUGGGCCUCGCUUCAGCCCCAGGAGAGCCCCAGGGCGGCUGAGCUGACCUCCCUGUCUGACGAGGACAGUGGGAAGGGCUCCCAGCCCCCCAGCCCACCCUCGCCAGCUCCUUCGUCCUUCUCCUCCACCUCCACCUCUUCCCUGGAGGCGGAGGCCUACGCUGCUUUCCCAGGCUUGGGCCAACUGCCCAAGCAGCUGGCUCGGCUCUCUGUGGCCAAGGACCUCCAGUCUCGAAAGGCUUUCAACUGCAAAUACUGCAACAAGGAAUACCUCAGCCUGGGCGCCCUUAAGAUGCACAUCCGGAGCCACACGCUGCCCUGCGUCUGCGCCACCUGUGGGAAGGCCUUCUCCCGGCCCUGGCUGCUACAGGGCCACGUCCGGACCCACACCGGUGAGAAGCCCUUCUCCUGCUCCCACUGUAGCCGUGCCUUCGCCGAUCGCUCCAACCUACGUGCUCACCUGCAGACCCACUCAGACGUGAAGAAGUACCAGUGCAAGAUGUGCUCCCGCACCUUCUCCCGCAUGUCCCUGCUCCACAAACACCAAGAGUCCGGCUGCUUGGGGGGGCCCCGCUGACCUCCCACCUCUCCGGCCCUCCCUGCAGCCCCCAACUCCAGGAGGAAGGAGCCCAUCCUUCCCACCACCCAGAGUUCCCUUCCAAGCACCCAUCGGCUGCAUCUGUCCCUUAGGACUUUGGUGAAGCCACUUUCUAGUUCUGUUCUGUUCGCUCUAGGGUCUGGGGGAUACUGAGAGAGGCCUUCCGGUGCCCUUUGCCUGGAGCCCUUCCUGGCAGCAUGUAGGGUGCAUUCCUGAGCCGGGCCCUGUGUGGUUUGUGUAUCCAGAGCUGUUUGGAUACAGCUGCUUUUUGCUACAGGACAAAAGCAACUGACUGGCUGGGAAGCUCCCAACCCAGUCAGGGGACCCGACACCCCUACCUCCACCCUCCCCAAGGAACCCUCAGGCCACCUUCCUCAAGGUGCGACUAACUAUGCAAUAAUCCACUCCGGGAUGCGUCCAUGGCCACUGGGGCGCUUUCGGGACACAAGGACGGACUGGAGGACGAGUGUAGACCUCCAGAUGCCCCUGGGCCCGGGCAGCUAUUUCAGCCUCCUGUUUGUCACGGCAACACCUGUUUCAUGGGCAGUUUAACAAUGUCUCAAAAGGGACUGUGAGUAAUGGCCAUCACUUGUCAGGGGCCAAGCGGGGUGCUUCGGCCUGACCCAUGUGUCUCCCAGGACUAUUUUGGGGGCCCGACAGGUGGGCCUGGGAGGAAGAUGUUUACAUUUUUAAAGGUACACUGGUAUUUAUAUUUCAAACAACAUUUUGUAUAAGGGAACAUUUUUGUAUAGCUAUAUGUACAGUUUAUUGAUAUUCAAUAAAGUGUUAAUUUAUAUAUUA